AUGGCACUGCGGUUCGAGGCUCUGUACCCGGAGGGGAUGUGUCCCGGUUGGAGCGUCGUGGUCAAGGGUGAAACCAGCUCCAGCACCAGCAUGUUUGAAAUUAAUUUCCUCAGUCAUCCCGGAGAUCAGAUCGCUUUCCACUUUAACCCCCGCUUCGCCAGCUCCAGAAUUGUCUGCAACUCCUUCCUGGCCAACCACUGGGGGAAGGAGGAGGUGAACAAAACCUUCCCCUUCGAAGCCAAGGAGCCCUUCCAGGUUGAAAUCUAUUCUGACCAGGAAUAUUUCCACAUUUUCAUUGAUGAAAACAAAAUCCUGCAGUACAAGCAUCGCCAAAAACAGCUUUCAUCCAUCACCAAGCUGCAGAUUCUCAAUGAUAUUGACAUUUCUUCAGUGGAAAUCACCAAGCGAGGCCUUUACUAGCAAAGAAAGUUGGGAUAGCCUCACCAGCCAUUCCUCCUUAAUUUCCUGAUCCAGCUGGGGGCCACAUCCUCCACAUCUCCACCCAUCAUCAGCCAGCCAGAUAGCUGCAGCACAUCCUUGCAGUGGAAAUGAUGGUCACAACCAUUGCAUGCCACAGCACUAUAGCAGCACCCAGCCAUGCUGCUAGCUUGUAGCCCACAUCACUGAAGACCUUUUGCCCCUGUGCUCUGAAGUGCACAAUGCUCUUAUCUUUGCUGUUAGAGAGACUGACAGAUCACUGCUUCACAUCAAAAUCUGCCUUGAAUAGCCUGGAUAUUUUAAUGCUGCCCUAGAAAUUGCAUUUGCCUUGGAGUAGGAUGCAAAUUAGUGCUAGUCCUCAGCUGGCCGCAUGGCAACGGAUGCAACGUGUAUGGAUGUUACCAAUGGAAAGGAACAGCUCACUGCAGGAGCUGGG